AUGGAAUCGAAAAAUCAGACCACUCGCGCAGCAUCAGUACGCGACCUGAUUGAACGUCAACACUGCUCCUCCACCAUGCCUAUGCUCGGCCAGCCUAGUCAGUCCCUGCUUGGGAUGGACCAUUUCAGUCCCGAAGAUGAGUGUACUGGUGGUCCGCCAGUGAACGACACAGCAGCAAUUACUUCCACUAUCGAAACUGGCAGUUUCGGUCCCCAACAAGAGCUCAAAGCCCCUGAAUGGAGUUCAGCUGGGGCUAGAGACGGCGACUUGCCUCGCUCUCGGCCAGACUCUCGUCUGGGCGUCAGUCUGUACGGUACGACGGGACUCGAUACCUUAAUCUCAGACCCAGCUAUUAAUGCUGAUCCCGGCUCUCCGCAAGUCCAUCUCUUGUCAACUAGCCGAAGCAUCGGCUGUCUGGCUGACCUUCGCAAGCCGAGGGCUCUAGUCUCGCCACCGCUCUCCUGGUUCGAUCAAUCCUGGCAACUGCGGCUGGGAGGUGAAUUUGGAGUGUCGCCCGCCGCCUGGUUUCCCAGUCAGGUCAGCCAUGGAAUGGCCGGAGGGUCGGUGUCCGGAGGAGGUAGGCACCUCAGGUCAAUUAAGCAACAGCGCUUGAUGAAGCCACUCAGGUAG